CACAGUGAGAAUCAACAAGAGAAAGGCUGUGGGAGUGAUAGUAUUUUUUACUGGGAGAGUGACGUUUAAAUGAGAUUAAGUGCACCAUACGAAGCCUUCAUUAGUCACCGCUCUAAGCGUCAAGAAGUCAUCGACAUUGUUAUUAUGCUAACGAUUCUGUGAUGUACAAGCCGUUUUAUAGAUAGUACAACACCUUUUCGCAGACCUCAUGUUUCAUGGUCAUUUAACUGUAACAAAUGGCCUACUUUACACAUAGGUUGUAGAAACUGGAGUAAAUGGCAAUUCCGUGUCCGACAAGUAAAGAAGGUGUUGGAAUCGAUAGUGCCUGCCAGCUUUAUUUAUGGUUAAUUCAUUAUCAUGUUAGGUUAGAAACUGUAACUUGUUAAAUUUACGUAAGUUCAUAGUACUUGUUUGAUGUAUGAGAGAUACCAGUCGCCAGUGGCAUUGAGUGAAAGUGAGUAUUUUUAUAACGGUUUACGUGGUUUUUCGUCGACGUACCAUAUUGCGAUGGCAAUAGGCUGGUGAUUGUUUACCAAGUUCCAUUUUUUUGUAUAACACUGAGUGAUAGAACAAUGGGGCUGCUGUUUUCUAAAAUUUGGAGCCUGUUCGGAAAUGAAGAACACAAGAUUGUGAUGGUGGGCCUGGACAAUGCGGGCAAGACUACGAUCCUGUACCAGUACCUGAUGAACGAGGUGGUGCACACGAGUCCCACAAUUGGCUCCAACGUCGAGGAGGUGGUCUGGAAGAACAUCCAUUUUAUCAUGUGGGACUUGGGUGGCCAGCAGUCCCUGCGCGCUGCCUGGAGCACCUACUAUGCCAACACGGAGUUUGUGAUCCUGGUGGUGGACUCGACGGACCGGGAGCGCAUCGGCGUGUGCCGACAGGAACUGUGCCGCAUGCUGCAGCACGAGGAGCUGUCGAAGGCGGCGGUGCUGGUCUACGCCAACAAGCAGGACCUGCGCGGCUCUAUGUCGGCGGCCGAGAUCUCUCGCCUGCUCGACCUCACCUCCAUCAAGCACCACCAGUGGCAGAUCCAGUCCUGCUGCGCCCUCACCGGAGAAGGGUUGUACCAGGGCCUGGAGUGGAUAUGCAGCCAGCUGAAGAAGAAGUGACGGCCGAUGGGGGCGUAGCGCGGGCGCGGCUCCCCCUGCCGGCGGGGCGGAGGGGAGGCGCUGAGGCGGCGGAGUCUGCCCGUCUGCCGGCCACCCGAAACAUCACAGUGACGAGGGGGCAGACUGUGCAGCGAUGUGCAUCCGCCUGUGCGUAUUGCCAUGCGGGUGUGUGAACUGGACGAACGGGAACAGAAAGUGACUGAAAUAUGUGAUAAUUUUUCAUUUAGAUUGCCUUUUAAUUUCUUCGGAGGAAUAAAUCUGAAGUCGUUCAGUGUAAGGA